CGUACCGGAAGUCUUGCCGCGUGUAUGCUAACCGGUAGUUGUGUUAGAACUUUGCAAUAAAAUCACGAUUUUUGCAAUGUUGUGAUAAGCUGUUGUUGUGUAUAAUUUACUGUUGGCACAAGAUGAUAUCAUUAGAUUUCCUCGACGAUGUUCGGCGAAUGAAUAAGCGCCAGCUUUACUAUCAGGUGCUGAAUUUUGGGAUGAUUGUAUCUUCAGCCUUGAUGAUCUGGAAAGGUUUAAUGGUUGGAACUGGAAGUGAGAGCCCAAUUGUUGUUGUUCUCAGUGGAAGUAUGGAACCUGCAUUUUACAGAGGAGAUCUCCUCUUCCUCACAAAUCGUGUUGAAGAUCCGAUCAGAGUGGGUGAAAUUGUUGUGUUCAGGAUUGAAGGAAGAGAAAUUCCCAUCGUACACAGAGUCCUAAAAAUUCAUGAGAAAGAAAAUGGGGACAUCAAGUUCUUGACAAAAGGUGACAAUAAUCAAGUGGAUGACAGGGGCCUUUACAAACAGGGGCAGCACUGGCUGGAAAAGAAAGAUGUGGUGGGCAGAACAAGAGGGUUUGUGCCUUACAUUGGAAUUGUCACAAUUUUGAUGAAUGACUACCCCCAAUUAAAGUAUGCUGUACUGUGUAUGCUUGGGCUGUUUGUUUUGGUACAUAGAGAAUGAAGACCCUCAACAACAAUUUUGUCAGUCAAACCAUCGAUGCAUUUCUCUAGUUUUUACAUUGUUUGUUUAUAUGCAUGGGAGUGCUAAGAAACAUUCUCUUAAAAGAAGGUCAAAUUAUAAUUUUCUCCGAAAGAACACACAACUUUUUAUAUUUGUUAAUUUUCCAUGUCUUACAAAAUUGAGCUUUUGCUUGAUGUGACUUUACAGACAGAUUUCCUCUUUCUUACACGUCAAAAUUUUGUAUGAAAUAAAAUGUUGUGUCAAAUGUUA